GGCGUUCAUGUCGGAGAUGUGCAAGCAGCUUUCCCCCGACCAACGGGCGGCACACGAAUUGGCCAUGCGGGAGUUUGAGAAGACGGGGAAGUUUCCGUCUGGCGCCGUCCGGUGGCAGCAGGUCCGGCUUCCGGACUCUGCGCAGCAGAUGUUUCAAAAAGCGGUGCGACACAACCAGCAAAGCGGACAUUUGUCGACGGAAGAAGCGGAGACAAAGGCAGCGGUGCAAGUCGUGGAAAGCAUGUUCCUGCAGGUGCAGGAACCUACCAGGAAGAACACGUCGAAAGCAACGAGCAGUAUUAAGAAUCAUGCGCGUCGUGGUGGCGCGAAUCAAUGUCAAACAACUGAAGUACAGCAAAAAACAACAACGAAGAUCCACCUCAAGGCCGCCGGAGCUCCGUUGCGCUUGCAAGCAGCAGAACAAAAGACGAAAGCUAUUAUAGGAAACGCCGCCCCUGCCUCUGGUGCUGAUGGUUUUAUUACCUCGUCGGAGAGGGUUGUUGACAAAAAUGUUCAUGUUGGCAAGAAAAUCCCCACUACUGCACUUGACCAAACCUACGUCAACGUCAGCAGCACAACUACUUCCUGGGGGCACUGCAUGCCGCCCACGAUACGAGUAGUCACGCCCGAAGACGUAGCGAAGAUGAAGCGCGAGAAGUUGAUAGAUCCGCAAGAAGAUCAUGACAGUAAGAGAGGGAAGGGUCGUCGUGUGCAGCAGCCACCAAAAUCUCCUCCUCCAAAAGAAGCACAACUACAAAAAUCGCCACAAGUACACCAAGCGCAAGCUCCUGUACAACCUCCCGAGCAGCAGUUAUCUGCUUCCCUCGCGUCUUCGGCUUGGAGAGCCACUGGUGCUGGCCUCGCGUCGUGCCCCCCAACGUCCUCGGUAGUGGUACCCAGCUACUGCCCAGAUAUCCUGACAGGCUUCACGAUGGGCUUGGCAUCGCGUCAGCAGGAGAGGACCGAGAUGUUGAACAAUCUGGUCGUGCCAAACAAGCAACUAUCAACAUCCAGCCCGUUCUUGUACGCGCAGGAAACAUUUUUGUCACUCCCUAGUACAACACCAGACGGAGCUGGUGUUUGCUCUUCCUCAUCCGCGAACGGAGAACUUAAAAAGAAUCAGGAUGUUCAAAGAGAGAAGGCAUACGAGAUCACGAAGGAGCAAAAAGAGGAAGCACGCAGUUCCAAUCAUGACAGCGCGGUCGUGAAGAAGAGCUUCCACACAACGGCAGACUUUCUGGAAAAGCAGAAGAGCUUCGCCUCCCCUGCAGCGUCCGUGAUGCUGGAGGACGUCGCGACGAAGCUGGUGCAACAAAACGCCGGGCUGGAAGAGGUGGCGAAAACAUAUCCAUUGCGCAAAAGAGUUCUUUUAUCCUGUUGUACAUUGUUUGUACGAAGCACGAGGCUUUGGUUUUGCCUUUAGUCCAGUUUGCAGCAGCGCAUAAAAUUCAAUUUUCAGAAAUUUGUCAUGCGCGCCGUGCUUCUACGUAGAUAAUGAUCAGUUGUGAUUGAAUGCUAUUGCUUUCUGCAUAGUUCCUUCAGCGAUGCGAUUUACGAGGCAACCGGGUACCGAGCUAGCUUAGACGAGAUCCGGGAAGAACUGAAGAAGCAGGUCCCCUGUCCUUCAAGCGAGAUUGAUACUCAACAUGUGGCAGCAGCUACUUCUGGCAGGUCCGUUUCUGCGACUUCUGCUCCACCGGUGGACCAAAGGAGCCGGCGAGGGGCGACAGCUGCCCCCGCAGAUGAAAUUGAAAAUGAUCGUUCGAAGCCGUGCAAAAUAAAGACGCCAGAGGAGCCGACGGUUGUCAAAACCGCGGAAGUAGAUCUAAAUGUUGACCACGUUCCAACUUCGAGCGCAGCCAACAUCAAGUCCGGCGGAAAAAAGAGGAAGAAAAAGAAAAAGAAGACGCACAAGACCACAGACGAAGGAACCUCUCUGCGCGAGCAGCCAAAUGGGUUUCCGAGACACGACGAUGCGAUGGUUUUAUCUCGAAAAGAUCUUCCUGUAGCUGCCACAAGCGGCCGCGCAGAGGAGGAAGAAAAACUGCCUGAGCAGCCUACAAGAUCAAAAUUGUGCAACAAGAAUGACUCCCUUGUUUACGUCGAGGGUCUGGAAGAAUUAUCGACCGUCCAAGGACUACUAGAACAGGAGCUGCAGAUCGUGGAUGAAAUUCUGCAGCAUCACGACGUGCGACGGACAAACACCACUAUAGCUGCAUCUUCUACUUCCCGUACUAAUAAGGACUCCUUCGAGGGCGCGGCCUCAGGAGUAGUAUCGCCUGCGGUGGCUACAGGUACAGAGUUACCAGGACCUCCUGGUGCAAGAACUACGUUUAUGGAGGAGGAUAAAGCUGGAGACCCUUUGAAGAUGUGCUCGCUGGAACAAGAAGAACAGCGUCCUCACGCCGGUACGAACUGUGCUGUCGGGGAGGUGGAGGAUGUUCGAGCUGCUCCAAGCAGUACGAUGAAAAAUAAUAGAUGCCUCCCAACUACGCACGAAGCGGAAACUUCCCCCGGAUCAGUCUUGCACGACGAUGAAGAGGAGCCGGCAGAGAUGUCCAUGGACACAGAAUUGUCUUCGUCCACUUCGCACGUCGAGAUCAUUGUACCGCACCAGGACUAUAAUGUUUCGCCGGCAGUCAGUGAAAUUAACGUGGAGGUGGGACGAGGAAACCUAGAUCGCUACAACCCGACGCGUGAUGUUGACGAUCUGGAGGACCUUCAUCCACCGGCGAGAAAACGGCAUUGCGCGCCGGGAGAAACCAGAUCUAGGUCGUAUUCUUCCGCGGUCGAUCUAGAUGCUCUUCGCGUGGUUCAUCCUGCCGAGGCACGAACUAUUGAUGCCACAUCAAGUAGUUCAUCGGGCUCCGACAACCGGCACAAGGAAAAUAAGGCGUCGCUGGUUUAUAACACAGAGCAGAUACGACAAGCUUCGAUGGACGACGAGCGGAAAAAUUGUGCAGCUAGUACACGACCAGGUGCGAACAUGUCAAGUUCCGCCUCGGUUGAAAAUGACGAUGCGGAGGAGGACCGCGACCAGCUGGGACAUUACGACAGUCGACAGGAGGGAACAGAAAUCGAUACAGCAGCGGCGCAGGCACUUCCUGUAGUAGAAGGGCCUGGGGACAACAAGCGAAGGGCAGUAGACCAGAGUCGAGAAGAGGAGCACCAGGCUCGUGGUUGUACUACAACUGCUCGUGUGUGCGAGUGGGACGAAAUGUUCGCGGUGGAGGAAACGAGGGAGCGAACGAAUCCCGAGCCACGACAGCACCAGAGAGAAACCACAGCACAUCUUGACUGUGCACGUCAGCCGUCUGUUGGAAAAGAGCGUGACCAAGACGAGCAUCAGGCACUGAAUGUUGGCAAUGAAGUAGAAGAGGCAAGGUGCAACACGAAAAUCUACUCCGAAGGACCCUGCGACCCCUCAGUAUACGAGGAAGAUCAACAUCAUCAUCAAGACAACCCGGCGCAUGAUCACCACCUUGUCUACUCCCUCUGGGAGGAGGUUUUUGGGCUACCAUCCGAGAACGAGUGGACUGCGAUGCUGCGCGAGCAGGACCGGUUUUUCAGCGGGGAUAUACUACAUGGCGGGUUGGACGAGGAGCGCACGACAAACUUCUACCCAGAGCGCAGAGAUGAAAUGCUACGUGAGAUGAAGCACGGCGACGUGCUACCACAGCACAAUUAUACUAGUAACCUCCAAAACGCCUGUUAUGUUACCUUGUGCGACGCGCCGGAUAUUUCCUCGUCACCGCGGCGUGAACAAACGGAAGAACUUUUUGACUUAAAGGAUUCGUUGCAUGCUUGCCGCGAUGAGUUCGAGGAGGAGGAGCAGGGUGCUGUAGAAGUUAUACAACUUUGCCAGAAGACGAGAACGAGCAGCACGACGGUGCAAUCGGCGAACACUCAGGACUGCUCGACAACACCCCGUCAGAAGACGAUGGCAACCACGUUGAUUGACUGCUGGUGUGGCGUUUUGCGUUUGGUAUGGAGUUUGUGGAAAUAAACAACAGGAGCCGUGACGAGAAGAUCUGAAUUUGUUAUUAAUGCGGCUGUCAUGCAGGUCAAAUUUUGCCUUCUGUCCCGAACUGUAUUGUUCUGUACUUCCUUCCCUUCCAUUUUCAGCAGGAAGGAAGAACAAAGAAAGAAAUUACAGCGUGACUUUCAAU